UCUUCCAUUCCUAUACACCUAGUCACAUGGCUAAACUCAUAUACAAUUGUUGCAUUGCAUACUUUAUCCUUUUCUCUUUCUUGUUUGUGCAAGCCAAAGAAUUAUCAUGCAAUCAAACACCAUACCCUCAUGUCUGUAACCAUUACAUUGGAACCACUAAUACACUAUCAACCCUAGACUCUAUUUCCUUCCAUGAUGUUUCCCUUAAGGUUACCAUGGACCAAGCUAUUGAAGCAUACAAACUUGUGUCAACCAUGAAUUUGAAUAAUUUCAAAGACAAUAGAGCCAAGUCAGCAUGGCAAGAUUGUGUAGAACUUUAUGAGGAUACGAUUUAUCAACUUAAUCGCUCCAUAAACUCAAACAAUUUAAAUGACAAGUUAACUUGGCAAAGUGCUUCCAUUACCAAUCAUCAAACUUGUCAAAAUGGUUUCAUUGAUUUCAACCUUCCUUCUCACUUAAACUACUUCCCUUCCAUGUUGACAAACUUUACUAAACUUAUUAGCAAUUCCCUGUCCAUUAGCAACACUCUAGCUUCUUCGACCCCGUCUUCAUUACCGUCCUCCUCAUUGUCAAAUACUAAACAAAAUGGAGGUAGAAGAUUGUUAUCAUCAGAUGGAUUUCCCUAUUGGCUUUCUGGUUCAGAUAGAAAACUUUUGCAGACAACACCAAGUGCUGAUAUUGUGGUGGCACAAGAUGGAAGUGGGGACUAUAAGACAAUAUCAGAAGGUGUAGCUGCUGCUAAGGGAAGUGGAAAAGGAAGAGUUGUGAUUCAUGUGAAAGCAGGUGUAUAUAAAGAGAACAUAGAUAUAAAGAAGACAGUGAAGAACAUAAUGAUAUUUGGAGAUGGAAUGGAUUCCACAAUUGUUACGGGUAAUCAUAACGUUCAAGAUGGCUCUACAACUUUCCGUUCAGCUACUUUUGCUGUUAUGGGAGAUGGAUUCAUAGCAAAAGAUAUGACCUUCGAGAAUACAGCCGGACCACAAAAGCACCAAGCGGUGGCUCUCCGUUCCGGCGCCGAUUACUCCGUUUUCUACCGUUGUUCCUUCAAAGGAUAUCAGGAUACUCUCUACGUCUACGCCAACCGUCAAUUCUACCGUGAUUGUAACAUCUACGGAACUGUCGAUUUCAUCUUCGGCAACGCUGUAACAGUCCUUCAAAACUGCAACAUCUUAAUUAGAAAACCGAUGAGCAACCAACAGAACUCGGUAACCGCACAGGGAAGAACAGAUCCAAACGAGAACACGGGAAUAGUGAUCCAUAACUGCCGUAUAACCGCCGCAGGUGAUUUGAAACCAUAUCAGAAUUCAGUGAAAAGUUAUCUUGGUAGACCGUGGCAGAAGUAUUCAAGAACUGUUGUGAUGAAAAGUAACAUAGAUGGUGUUAUAAACUCUCAAGGUUGGGCUUCAUGGAGUGGUGGUUUUGCUUUAAGUACACUUUAUUAUGGUGAAUAUAUGAAUAUCGGCGAUAGUGCUAAUACAGAUGGGAGAGUAAAUUGGUCUGGUUUUCAUGUAAUUACAAAUCCAUCUGAAGCAGUUAAAUUUUCAGUUGGUAAUUUCUUGGCUGGUGAGUCAUGGAUAUCUGGAAGUGGUGUGCCGUUUGAUGCAGGCUUGUGAAAGAGAGUGAUUCAUCAUGAUUCAUGUAUAGUGGACAAGAGUCUUCAAAUUGAUGAUAUUUUGUUUUGUAUAAAAAAGGGAUAUUGAAAGCAUGGUGGGGAGGGAUUGAGAUCCUCUCCAUUUCUUAAAAGAAAUGGAAGAGUCCAUUACUAUAGUUUUGGGUAUAUAAAAUUAAAUAAAUGUGAAAUAAAUGUCACAUGUCAUAAAAAUACGUGUUAUUUACAUAUAAAACUAUAAUAAUGGAGAAAAUGAAGAGAGAGAAAUGGAGAGGAUCCUGACCCGGUGGGGAGUGGUGACAAUUAUUGUCAUGUAGUUUUGUUGGGUUUUCGUUUGUCGGUUGUCUUUUUUGUUAAAAGGGUCAACUAGGAAAUAGAUAGUGUUAAGUUAGUUUUCCUCUUUUAAUACUUAGUAGUACUAUUUAAAUUGUCAUUUUGUAUAUGCUUGGACACAUAAUGUAUAAAAGUCUUUCUCUUUUAAACAAAUAAUUUUAUAUAUUUAUUAUCA